GUCACCUAAAAUCCUUGCUUACAUCCGUGCUCUUCUAUGCAAAACAUUUACAAAAGUAGAUCAAUUUGUGAUUCUUGCCCUGUCAACCUAAUUGCUGGUUUUUUCGGGUGGAAGGCGAUUGAUCGGUGUGAAAAAAGUGACGAAACUGUCCAACCGACGAAUGGGCCAGAUCGGGUUGGUGUGAUUUUGGUGAUUUGUUGAUCAACAAACCUCGAAAUCCUCGGUAAAAAAUAAUCGGCAACUAGCAAUCGGUCGCCAUCUUUCUCAUCAGUUUUUUCCCUGGUUCUUUCGAGCCUAAUUUUCGGAAAGUGGCUUCGGUUGAUUGUGCCUGUUUUCUGAACAGUUUUGCCGGCCGUUUUCCUCGCGUCCACCGAGCGAUUUAUCAGCUGGCCAACAUACAGGGAUCGAAUGGAGUCUCGAAGAGGCGCUCCUCGAAAUGGCAGAUAACCGGAGUUUCUCUGGAGGCGGCGCUGGAGUGAAGAUGGAACACUUCCAAGCGGCGCUCGACCCCCGGAAACAGGAACUAUUAGAGGCGCGCUUCUUGGGUGCUAGGGUGAGUGUCCCUAAAGAGCUUCCCAGUGUGACAGAUCCGACUAUAAGUGACAUGUCAGCUGGAUCUCACAUACAGAUGGCACCGCAGUCAACAGUAAACACUUCCCAAUCCAUCCAUAGCCAAGACUCCAACAUGAGCACAGGUUCGUCUCACAGCGACAAGGAAGUGGACCCCAACACGCCUGAGAAGACUGUGCGAGCCCCCGAACGGAAGCGCAAACGCAAAGCGGAUGACGCGGGGGGCGGCUUGGCUGGCGGGGGAGUCGUCAAGGGCGGUGGGGGAGGCCGCAUCCCCAUCCCGCCGCCCGAUAAGAAAAUCAGCGAGUACUUUAAACAUUCGGGCAGCAGUCCCAUUCGGCACGGCGGUGCCAAAAGUCCUAGUCCACAACAACCCUAUCCUAUGGUAAGUCCCAUGUUACCUCCAUCCCCGCAACAAGUGGGGCUUCCCUCGCCCGUGACGACGGGGCCUUUCGACUUCAUCACCUCUUCCCGGCAGCCUCAUCCGAGGUUGCCACCCCUAUGUAUGGUUAGCAAAUUUAUACAGACUGAAUUAACGUGUCAGCGGAUCACCGAGUUCGAGACGCAAGCGUCCUCCGAUCUGGAGGUACGGAAUAAUAAAAUCGAAGAACUGACGCGGACGAAUGAAGAGCUGAGGCAUCAGAUUUCGACGCAACAAAAGGCCAUCGACCAACACAAACAGCAGGUCAACAAAUGCAUUGAGGUUGUUAAAAAGUUACUAAAAGAGAAAAGCUCAAUAGAAAAGAAAGAAGCGCGCCAGAAAUGCAUGCAGAAUAGAUUAAGAUUGGGACAGUUCGUGACGCAGCGGGUGGGUGCCACUUUUCAGGAAAACUGGACGGACGGGCACGCGUUCCAAGAGCUGGCAAGGCGGCAGGAGGAGAUCACUGCCGAGCGGGAGGAGAUCGACCGGCAGAAGAAACUGCUGCUGAAGAAACGGCCGUCGAACAGUGAGGGCGGCGGCAGGAAACGGAAUAAUUCCAGUGCCCUUCACAACGGCACCACGACGGAUAGCGGGUUCCUCAAGCCGGACGCCGUUCCAGGUUCCCUGACGUUGCAGGAGUAUUACGAAGCGGAUGAGAUUCUAAAGCUGAGACAGAAUGCCUUGAAGAAGGAGGACGCCGAUUUGCAGCUCGAGAUGGAGAAAUUGGAGCGGGAGCGGAAUCUUCAUAUUAGGGAGUUGAAACGUAUCCACAACGAGGACCAAUCCAGGUUCAACAACCAUCCGGUGCUUAAUGAGCGCUACCUGCUGCUGAUGCUCUUGGGCAAGGGUGGCUUCAGUGAGGUCCAUAAGGCGUUCGACUUGAAGGAGCAGAGGUAUGUGGCGUGUAAAGUGCACCAGCUCAACAAAGACUGGAAGGAGGACAAGAAGGCAAACUAUAUCAAACAUGCUUUAAGGGAGUACAAUAUCCAUAAGGCGUUGGAUCACCCCCGCGUAGUUAAGUUAUACGAUGUGUUCGAAAUAGAUGCAAAUUCGUUUUGUACAGUUCUAGAAUACUGUGAUGGUCAUGAUUUAGACUUUUAUUUAAAGCAGCAUAAGACAAUACCAGAAAGAGAGGCGAGAUCUAUCAUAAUGCAGGUAGUGUCGGCGCUCAAGUACCUGAACGAGAUCAAGCCCCCUGUGAUUCACUACGACCUAAAACCGGGCAAUAUUCUGCUGACCGAAGGGAAUGUUUGCGGCGAGAUCAAAAUCACCGACUUCGGUCUGAGCAAGGUGAUGGAUGAGGAAAACUACAAUCCUGAUCAUGGCAUGGAUCUGACGUCGCAGGGCGCCGGCACAUACUGGUAUCUACCUCCAGAGUGUUUUGUAGUUGGAAAAAAUCCGCCAAAGAUAUCGUCGAAAGUGGACGUUUGGAGCGUAGGUGUGAUAUUUUACCAGUGCCUCUAUGGUAAAAAGCCGUUCGGGCACAAUCAGUCCCAGGCCACUAUUUUAGAGGAGAACACUAUCCUAAAGGCGACUGAGGUUCAGUUCGCCAACAAGCCCGCUGUGACUAAUGAAGCUAAGAGUUUCAUACGAAGCUGCCUGGCUUAUCGCAAAGAAGAUCGUAUCGAUGUUCUGUCGUUGGCCAAACACGAAUACCUGCAACCUCCCAUGCCGAAGCACUCGCGGGUGACUUCCAAUCAAGCUCAGCAACAGCAGCAGCAGCAGCAACAACAUCAACAGGCCAGUUCCUUUUCAACGGGCAUCUUCGGAGCGAUGAACGCUUCGUCCUCAUCUUAGUGCAGUGCUGUGUUCAGAAAGUCAUCCAAGUAAGACUGGCUUCAAAUAUACAAUUUACGGAAAGGGUCGCGAGUUUUCGCGUUGCACCACAGACUAUGUGCCACAUAGCGGUGUUGUGCGGCGUCUAGGAGAUUGUAUAAAACCACCCAAAAUGUUGUUGUUACAAGUUGUUUUAGUGAGAAGAACCCAGUUGCGAGACAAAACUAGGACGUCAAAUGUCGCGAGGUACAUUUGUGAGCGUCACAUUUUCCAUUUCUUGUUGCUUGAAACGCUUACUUUGCGUUCACGUGUUAGGUGGGGCUGGUCGCCGAAGUUUCCGGUGUUCCCAAAUAGACAUUCAUUCGUAAGUUUCUUUCACUAAUAAAGAAAACUUAUCCUAGUCAUUAUAAAGCGGGCGUUCGGCCGAUGCAGUCCUUGCUGGGGGUUUUCAUAGAAGCGGUUUCAAUAGACGUGUUUUGUUGUUCUCCCAACAUUUUUCGCCGGAUUGGUUGGUUUAGAUGUAGCUAAGCCUGCUAAUACUUCUGCGAUCAGGGCCCAGAUUAAUAAAAAACCUGAAAUUUUCAAAUUGCAUGCUCUCUCGGCAAGGACUUUGUAUGCCCAACACCAGGUAUAAACAAAAAUAGAUUAUUCUCAACGCAACAGUAAAAUAACCAUCCAAGUCCGUUGAAGCAUUUAUUUUUUGCAAGUCAAUGGAUUUGGUCGGGAAAAUACUCUUAUUAGAGUAACAGCCUGACAAUCUGAUGGUGCAGUUUUUUACAACCAUAUCCAACCACCUUGAAUAAACGACUCGAAACUAUUGAGCAUUCAGAACGUAUGUUGAAAAGCCAACCACUCAGAAAAAACAACAAUGUUAUCAAACACAGUGUAAAAUAGUGUUCGCCAUACGAGGAAAGUCUUUCAGAAGCUCCUGAGAAUGUUGUUCUUAAACAAAGGCCUUUUUUAGAUCAAAAAACCGAAGCGUUUGUUUCACUUGGGCUCUUACAAUAACGUUGACGUUAGUUCUGUGUUUCAUUAAACAAGCUCUACUCCAGUUCGAUUAAAGUACGUAGUUUCGCCACUGUUCAUUCACCACUUUACUCAUUACAAUCACAAUUUACCUUUUGCCCCAUUAUUCAGUCACAUUUUCUUCACCCGGUGUGGAAAGUAAUAAGCGUCGACUUUCGUCUCUAGUGCCGUAAUGUACUAUGAAUAAUGGGAGGAAAGCUAAACGUUAUUGUAAUGGGCAAAAGUGGUUCGUUCUUAACCCAUAACAGUGGUGAAGCUACGUACGUUAUUAUGGUGCCACCAUGGGAUCAAGAAAGCAGUAUUCCACACUAAAAUUGAUCAAAAACGCAAUUAUAACGAGAACUACAUGUUAACAUUGAGACACCUACUGUUGAACUUCUUUACAAACUCGGUCAGAGUUUGCACGUUUUCCAUUGUUUCUAGUCUUGAGCUGUAAACCGGGGUGUAUGUGUUUCUCCGCGAUGGAUGAAAGUUCAUGUUUUUGUUAUUUGAAUCUACGAUCUGGUAAUAUUCGAACGAUCUCAAUGCGUUUGAGAUCCUCGCGUCCUGGUAGAUCGAUUGAAUAGUUCUGCGAUAGUAACGUUCUUGCAAAUUGCUCUUUUUAUGUCAUGCGGAAAGCCUGAUUACGAAUAGCUUCAGUAAAAAAUCAACGCAAAGUUAAGCGAAAAGGCAACAGUUCCUAUCAAAGAGCGGCCGCUCCAGCCCCACUUACCACGUAUCCAUCCAUGGAUACGUGAAGUUUAUAAUUAUGACAGGAUAUAAGUGCAAAUGUGUUUCCUUUUUAGGCAUGAAACUGUACUGUAGAGAAUGAUUAGAGGUAUUUUAUGAAGUGGCCUUGCUUUAUGGCAAUUUUCGUUUACACUCAUUUCAUAUUUAGACUUAGAACAGCUUUUGUCAUAUCGUGGUUUUUUUCUAAUGCAUUUGGCUCAUCGGGGUAAAUUCCCACAUCGAGCCUUCACUGAGCAUCCAGAAUAUGGCAAAAUCUGUUAUGAAUCCCGCUGUAAUAAUAGGGCCAGUUCCGUUUGCACAUUGUGAACAGAGUUGGCCGAUUGGAACUAGAUCCGCAGCAUCUUAUAUAUUAUUAACAUUGAUCUUUUGUUGAUGAAGUUUUUUUAUUAUUGUUCUAUGAAACGACUUUUAUUAUCGAUUGCAGAAUUGUUGCAGCAUUCGCUACCAGUUUAGAAUUUACUGUUAAUUUCCUUUUCUUCGAAUUGUGGAUUUUUGUUUUGCAUUUCUCGAUUGGUUAUUGGUUUUUUACCUGUCUUGGCUUUUUCACAUUUGUCGUUAUUGCCUAGGAACUGAUAUUAAUGCCACCAAAUCUCCGCAAGGAGGGACGACAAUGUUUUCCUUCCGACAUCGGAGCGUAGUCGAAUGCUUAAAUCUUGUAACUCAUCGUAUAUUCAAAAUGAUUUGUUCUUCGGCACUAAGCUUAUCAAUAUAUUGUACAUAAAUACUCUAUUUUGAAUAUAUCUCGAUAGGGUUAGAUGAAUGGUUAUCAGUAUCAAAUUUAGGCAUUGCCUACAUGAGUUUUGUACGACAAUUCUUGGUGCUUGGAUUUGAGGCAUUUUUAUGGUAUUUCUUUAUAAAUCUCUCUUACUCAUUGCGUUUUAGCAAUCUUUGUCAACUUAUACUCGUUUCGUAUACAAUUAUAAACAGUUUUACGCUAGAAAACGUUAAGUGAAGCACGGUUUUAAGUAGGAAAACCAUUGGAUUGUCUUACAAAAUUUCUGCACCAAAACGCGAUCUGGGCACCAAUGCUGAAUCCCAUGGCGAAAAAGUGCUUUCGGUCAGGUUGUUUUUUCAAUUACUGUAUAUUUAGUGUAUAUUACACAUUGUUAAGGUCGCCGAGAGCAGGUUUUGGCCGGGAUAACCGGAUCGAUCCAGUCACUUGUGAUUCCCCAGGAAAACUCAUCUCUCAUGGUUAAAAAAUGUUCUUUUUUCCGAGUUUUCCCUAAAUCAAUCACUUGGACUGAACCGCAAAUCACGUUACUGUAAAUACCAAAAUAUCGCAAACAAUUGCUGCAACAUACUUGAAAAGCCAAACAUGUCCAUAUUAUAAUUGAAAACUCGCAAUUACAAAAAAAUACAUGUUACUUAUUUAUACUGUGCUGUUCGUGUGGAGUGGCCGGCCGAUGGCUGCGGACAUUGUGAUAAGAGUAGGAAAAUAGUCAUGUUUAGAUGCAAGCAAAAAAUGUAUCGUUAUAUUAUUGUUUAUGUACUGUAUCUAUACAUUAUUUUAUACAAGCGUUCACAUUUUUCUUAGGUAUAUUUUACCGUUGUAAAUACAGUAUGUAUCAAAGUACACAAAUAAGAUUUCAAAAUUUAACUUAAUUUAUUUUUCUCUCCGAUUCUAAGAAAUAUAAGUUUUAAUGAUUUAAUUA